AUGAAUUCCGAUAUUGAGUCCGCUGCCCAUCACGGGGCUACUGCCCUGGGCCCCGGAAAGUUUGAUGACCCUGAGAAGCCGACGCAUGAUAGCAUCCGUGGCUUAGAAACUUCAGCUGAGACAUCACUGCACAAGGAGCUCAAGGCACGACAUAUUUCCAUGAUUGCCAUCGGUGGAGCUCUUGGAACUGGCCUUCUUAUUGGUACCGGCCAGGCUCUGGCAGAGUCUGGGCCAGGGUCUCUCCUCAUUGCGUUCUUGUUCAUGGGUGUUAUCCUUUUCAUGAUUAUGGCUGCCAUCGGCGAGAUUACAGCCGCUGGCUUUGCAGGCUACGCUACUCGCUACUGCCAUCCUGCUCUCGGUUUUGCCCUUGGAUGGACGUACUGGUUCAAUUACGCGCUUGCUGCCCCAAACCAGCUGACAGCCGUCGCCCUCGUCAUACAAUUCUGGACGGUUAACCCGGGCGUGUUCAUUGCCAUCUUCAUCGUUCUGAUCUUGUCUAUCAACUAUUUUGUCAUCGUCAUUGUUGGUAUCAUCCUGCUGUCCUUGGUUAUUGCCUGCGGCGGAGGUCCCUCUGGAGAAGCAACGGGGUUUCGUUACUGGAAAGACCCUGGAGCCUUUGCAGAAGUUUACACUACAGGCCCCUUGGGGAAAUUCCUGGGGUUCUGGUCUGUCAUGGUUAAUGCGACUUUCGCCUAUCUCGGAACCGAACUCGUUAGAACAACAGCUGCAGAGGCGAAAAACCCACGACGUUCAAUUCCCAAAGCCAUUCGACUUACAUUUUAUCGUAUUCUUUUUUUCUACUGCCUGGGCAUCUUCUUGGUUGGACUCAUCGUUCCCUAUAAUUCAGAGGCUUUACUCUUUGCAGCCAGCCAGCCAACACCGGGAGCCAAUGCAAGCCCGUUCGUUGUGGCCGCCAAAGUUGCUGGAAUCAAAGUUUUGCCACACAUUAUUAACGCUUGCAUCUGCAUGUUUGUCUUUUCAGCUUCGAAUUCCGACUUGUACAUUGGAAGCCGAACACUCUACGGCUUGGCAAGUGAUCGAGCAGCGCCAGCCAUUUUCAAGCGGACUGAUCGUCGAGGUGUGCCAUGGGUUGCUUUGCUCGCCUGCACCUCCUUCGCCUUGCUAGCCUUUAUGAAUGUCUCAGACGACUCGAGGAGCGUAUUCAAGCAUUUUAUCAAUGUUUGUACAGUACUUGGAUUACUGACUUGGAUUUCCAUCUUGAUCACCCAUAUCCGUUUCGUCUGUGGUCGCAAAGAAAAGGGCAUUCCUGACUCGGCGAUGCCCUACACGGCGCCUCAAGGUAUCUGGGGGAGCUACGCGGCUCUCGUAGUUUGUAUUAUUGUUGCGCUAACGAAGAGCUACGGUGUUUUCAUCCCUCAGGGCACGCCAUUUGACUAUGCCUCUUUCAUUACUGGUUAUAUCGGCAUUCCUGUAUAUCUCGUUCUUCUCUUUGGCCACAUGCUUACCCAGAAGAGCAAGCUGGUCAAGAUUGAAGACAUGGACUUCUUCACUGGGAAGGAUAUCGUAGACCGAUACGAAGCUGAGUUCCUGGAGGCAGAGGCGGCUAGAGAGGGACGUAACUCGAAAGGGGUGAAGGUGUACAACCGAACUUUGGCAUGGCUCUUUUAG